CAUUCUGGUCGUGUCGCAAAAAAUAAAAAAGAAGAAGAGUUCCUCCUUUUGUUGUUUUUCCUGAGCUGAAUGAGUUCCCAAAUGCCUUCUUUAGGUACCUUUUCUGAUGUUGCUACUGUCCAACCUUCCUUGCAAGCUCAUCUUGUUCCACUGGGUGCUCAGAGUGCUAACCAUGCUAAAACCCUGCCUAAUCCAUGGAGACAAUCCAGUUUCUCUAAGAGUUUGAAAUUUUACACGGGGCAUCUUCAUGUACGAAGAUGCAGAGUCUUUAUCACUGCAGUGGCCACUGUUGAAACCAAAUAUCCUGCUCAGAAAGAACACGAACAAAGCUUUUCCCUGUCUUCUUCUGAUGCUUCAGAACACUCUAGAGGUCUAAAUGGAAGUUCUGAUGAUGGAGAAGAGGUGGAUGACAGAGAAAGGUUGAGAAGGAUGAGGAUCUCCAAAGCUAAUAGGGGGAACACUCCUUGGAACAAAGGCAGGAAGCAUAGUCCUGAGACCUUACAGAAGAUUAGAGAAAGGACAAAGAUUGCAAUGCAAAACCCAAAGAUCAAGAUGAAGUUAGCAAACCUCGGACACGCCCAAAACGAGGAGACACGGUUGAAGAUUGGGGAGGGAGUGCGGAAGCGAUGGGCAAGGCUGAAGGAGAUGAGAAAAGUGCAAGAGACAUGUCUUUUCGAGUGGCAAAACUUUUUAGCAGAAGCUGCUAAAAAAGGAUACACAGACGAACAAGAGUUUGAGUGGGAUUCUUACAAGAUCAUGGAUCAGCAGAAUCAACUGGAAUGGCUGGAAAGUGUAGAGCAGAGGAAAGCCGUUAGAGGAGCUAAAAGCAAUAGAAGAGCACCAAAAUCUCCAGAACAAAGAAGGAAAAUUGCAGAAGCAAUAGCUGCUAAAUGGGCUGAUCCAUCUUACCGUGAAAGGGUAUGCUCCGGCUUGGCAAAGUAUCACGGUAUACCUGAAGGUGGCGAGAGGCGACGUAGAAGACCAAGUGGGAAUGCAGAGCCUAGAAAGAAGAACCCUGCAAUUAAAACUGCAAGGGAACCAGAGGCCGAAAGGCAAAUCAAAGUUAAAGUGGUGAAAGUACGGAAGCGUAAGACACCUGUGUAUAAAGAUCCUUUGGCGAGUUCUAAACUGGAAAUGAUAAAAAGCAUCAGAGCAAAAAGAGUUGCGGAAGAAUCUAAGAAGAUGGAUGCUGUGGAACAAGCAAGGCAUUUGAUCAAGGAAGCUGUGAAAGCUGCGAAAGUACUUGAGAUUGCUGCUAGGACAAGCUCUGUUGCUCAAGCAUCUUUGUUAGAGAGUAAAAAGCUCAUAGCAGAAGCAACACAGCUGAUUGAGUCUAUAGAAAUGAGGCAGGUAGCUUCAGGGGAGGAUGAGACUUCACCUCAGCCUAGUAAUAGUCUUCUUGAUCUAGACACUGAAUCCGAGACCGAAGACACAACUGAUCAAGAACAACCAGGACAUGUUAACGGAACAUACACUUUCACCAUCAACGGAGAGAGCCUUCACUUGAACAUGAAGCCUAGCGAGUUGCCCACAUUCAACAUUGAAGGUACUACAAAACAGCCAAACGGAAACAGAGUCCAUCCACCACCAGAGUCUAAUGGAGCUAUCAAGCUUACUGAGAGUCCUCAUCUUCCAAAUGGUAUGAGCGAGUACCACGGAAUGGAGGAAAAGGCUGAGUCUUCGGAGGCAGGAAAUGUAACCAAAAAGUGGGUUCGUGGGAGGCUCGUAGAAGUCACAGAAACAGCAUAAACUUGUCUUAUCAACUUGUUGUAGCAAUUUAGCAGAGAAAAAAAAUCAUCAUAAUGUUCAGUUAAAGGUUCAAAGUUUUGGUUUCUUUGGUUUCAUUAUGCUUGAGAGAAGCAGUAUCCAGUUUGAGAUAUGUACCAAUUGUAUUUUUUUAGUCAAACAAGAUUUUAUAGAUAGCUAG